AUGGGGACCCAGGCUCCCAGUGGAGACACCCCUGCCACAAGGAGGGGGUCUGUACAAGUCCCAGACUUGUUCCGCUUCAAUGUGAAUGUGCAUGUGAACUGGAAGAAAAAGUAUUUCCAGGCUGAAAAUGUGGUUCUGGAUCCAGACACAGCCCACCGUAACCUCAUCUUGUCUGAAGAUGGAAGAUGUGUAACCUGGAAUGAGAAGCCUCAAGAGCUACCUGAGAAUGAACAGAGAUUUUCUGCCCUUCCUUGUGUGCUGGGUCAGCAGCCCAUCAACUCAGGGACACGCUACUGGGAGGUGGAGGUUGGGGACAGUGGGUUUUGGGACCUGGGCAUUUGUAGAGAUAAUGUAAUGAGGAAGGGGAGGAUUGUCAUAAAACCUGAGGAUGGUUUCUGGGCCAUCAGAUUUUAUAAGAAUGAAUACUGGGCACUCACUUCUCCAGAAACGAUGCUUACUCUUAAAAAGCACCCUACCAAAGUGGGAAUUUUCCUAGACUAUGAAUAUUGUCGUAUCUCAUUCUACAAUAUGAGUGAUAAUUCCCACAUUCACACAUUUCACCAGUGCUCCUUCUGUGGGCCUUUAAAACCUUUACUCAGACUUUGGUCUAAUGAUCCAGGGCAUCUGACCAUCUGUCCAGUGUCUUAA